AUGAGCUCCCUGGAAGGAUACAAUAUAGCCAUCACAGGUGGCGGAUCUGGUAUCGGCCUAGCCACCACAGUUGAGCUCUGCAGUCACGGGGCGACAGUCUGGAUCGCCGAGUUAAUACAGGACGUUCCAGAAAAGCUCAAGACUUUGGUCGAAACAGGAAAGGUAUUGUUUCACGGAGGCAUCGACGUUGCCAACCGGGAAGCCUGUGUCAAGUUCUUGGACGAAGUGGUGGAGAAAGCCGGGCGUCUCGACAGCCUAAUCAAUAAUGCUGGGAUAGGCCCCGCCGAAGGGCCUAUUGCGUCCGACGAGACGUUCGACAAGAUCGUGGAUGUUAAUCUGCGUGGCACGUGGAACUAUGGUACGCAGGCGCUGCGGAUCAUGGAAAAACAGGAUCCAAAGGGGCAGUGGGGGACCAGGGGCACCAUCGUCAACGUCGCGAGCAUGUCCGGGCUGCUCGGCUGGAACAAUCUGGCUGUCUACACGGCAACAAAACAUGCGUCUGUCGGGCUGGUCAAGGCAUGGAGCAAAGAUUUUGCCCCUCUUGGUAUAAGAAUCAAUGCUGUGGCACCUUCGGUGACCGAGACAGAAGGCGUCAAAAUCUGGUUUGCCCAGAGGAAAAAGGACUUCAAUGAAGACAUGAAACCUCCUCCGGCAGGCCGCUUUGCACAGCCCUCAGAAAUCGCCAAGGUGAUUGCGUUUCUUCUGGGCGAGGACUCCAGCUACAUAAAUGGACAGACAAUUCCCAUCAACGGCGGCGCUGUAUGA